CCGAGCCCGGCGCUCUGCCUUUAAGGAGCGGGCGGGGAGCGGACGAAGAGGGGGCGCGGCGGAGCGUUGAAUGGGGCGCUGCGAGGUCGGCUCGGCUUUGUGCGGCCAGCCGGCGGGCACCCCUCCCGGCUCAGCCCGGCCCGCCCCGCCCACCGCGACCCCUGCUGCCGGGGAGCGGAGACCCGGCGGCCGCUGCGGACUCGGACGAGAUCGACGCAAGGGCUCCCUGGAAUCUCCAGAAGUUGCUUCCAUCAUGGCAGAACUCAAGGUGGAGACCCGGACCAGUGUGGACUGGCAGAAGCGCUGCCUGGCCCUGGAAAGCCAGCUUUUCCGGUUCCGCCUGCAGGCCAGCAAGAUAAGGGAGCUGUUGGCCGACAAGAUGCAGGAGCUGGAGCAGAGGCUGCUGGAGGCAGAGCAGAGAGCAGAGGACGCGGAGACCCAGGUGGGUGUGAUGGAAGAGAAGGUGAAAUUGUCCAAUCUGAAGAAUGUGGACUCAGCAGGCAGCCUGCACCGGAAGUACCAAGAAUUGCUGAAUGCCAUGCAGGGCAAAGACGAACUCAUCGGCCGGCUGGAGGCACAGUUGGAGAAGCAGAAGAAGAUGAGAGCUGAGGAAGCAAAAAUCGUUCAAGAAAAAGCUGCAAAGAUCAAGGAAUGGGUGACACUGAAGUUAGCAGAGCUUGAGAUGGAGAAUCAGCACCUGAAAAGCUGCAAUCAGCACCUGGUAGAGCAGGUGGGAGCCCUUCAACGUGCACUAGAAGCUCUUCAGAUGGCACCUUCGGGGAAGCUGCUGGUGGCCCCCCAGGGAACCACAGAGCAGGAUUCUGUCCCUGCAGGACCAGGAGCCCAGCCAGUGGGGCAGGACGGUGGGCCUCAGGCCCAGGGUGCCCUGAAGGCAGCUAUGCCCGUACCUUCUCCAGGUGCUCUGCCGAGCAAGGACUCUGUUCCUAAAGCAGGAAGCCCCUUGGAGGAUUCUAGUUCCAGUAUGGUCCACCCUGGAGAAAUAUCAGAAGCCAAGACCCUUCCACUUCAUCUGGGAGGACAGGGCUCUCCUGGCCAGCUGUGCCUGAAGCCUUGCACCCCCAGGCAUGGUUUGGCUUCCUGGGGUGAAGGCCUGGUCACUGCUCAGGGAGGGACGCUUCCCAGGACAAAGACCUCUGCCAGGGAAGGUGGCCCCGGCUGCAGCCUGACUCUGCCGAAGGUGCGGGCUCCCAGCACCCACCGGGACAGCAUCCAGCUGGCCAAGCGGCACCACAGCCAGCCCCAGGCGGGCCCUGUGCACUUUGACCACGUGGUGAGCAUUGAGAUUGGGACACUCUCAGCCCUCCACUCCUCCAGCCUUCCCAAGGUGGAGGCUGGACCUGAGCUCCGGGAGGAACCGGAGAAGAUGGAGAUGGAGGAGCAACCCCCAGCGGGGAAGAUGGAGGAAGUGGAUUUGGGGAACAAACCACCUACACCCCCCCUGCACCGGUUUCCAUCCUGGGAGAGCCGGAUCUACGCUGUGGCCACGUCAGGCAUGCGGCUAUCCGAAGUGUCUGCUAGAAGUAAUGCCACCUGCUGUGCCUCAAGCCCUCCAGCCCUUGCAUCCCCUGGGCCUUUCUCUGGCCUGAUCUGCAAGAACAUCACCGUGCCGGUCUACACAGCCUUGAAGGGGAAAGCCACGCAGAUCAGCACGGUGCCCUUUGUGGAUGAGUCCUCUGGGUCCGAUGAUGACUGCAGCUCCCAGGCGAGCUUCCGAACUUCAGUGCCCUGCUCUGAGUCCAGGAAGACCAGUGGACUGGGCAGCCCCCGGGCCAUCAAGAGAGGCGUCUCCAUGUCCUCGCUGAGCUCCGAGGGCGACUACGCCAUCCCCCCGGACGCCUGCUCCCUGGACAGCGACUACUCAGAGCCUGAGCACAAACUGCAGCGCACCUCAGCCUACUCCACCGACGGGCUGGGCCCAGGCGGGGAGUCACUGGAGAAGUCAGGCUACCUGCUGAAAAUGGGGAGCCGGGUGAAGACGUGGAAGAGGCGCUGGUUUGUCCUGAGACAGGGACAGAUCAUGUACUACAAGUCUCCGAGUGACGUCAUCCGGAAACCUCAAGGUCAAGUGGAACUGAACUCCCGUUGCCAAAUUGUUCGAGGGGAGGGUGCACAGACAUUCCAGCUCAUCUCUGAGAAGAAGACCUAUUACCUGACAGCGGACUCGCCCAGCCUGCUGGAGGAGUGGAUCCGUGUCCUACAGAGCCUGCUGAAGGUCCAGGCCAUUGGGCCUCCAGCCCUGCCUCAGGGCGGCGCCAAGCCCGCUGUGAAGGGCUGGCUGACUAAGGUCAAGCAUGGCCAUUCCAAACUGGUCUGGUGUGCUCUUGUUGGGAGAACCUUCUACUACUAUCGAAGCCAUGAGGACAAGAGACCCCUGGGCCGUCUGCCUGUGCGGGACGCACGCAUAGAGGAAGUAGAUCGAUCCUGUGACUCAGACGAGGACUAUGAGGCUGGAGGAACCCGGCGGUUGCUUUCCUCCCACUGCACCCUUGUGAUCCACCCCCCAGAGCACAGCCCCACCUACCUCCUCAUUGGCACCAAGCAUGAAAAGGAUACGUGGCUUUACCACCUCACAGUGGCUGCAGGUGGCAGCAGUGCCAAGGUGGGCACUGCCUAUGAGCAGCUCAUUGGAAAGCUGAUGGAUGGCGAGGGAGACCCAGAUUCCCCCCUCUGGAGGCACCCCAUGCUGUGCUACAGCAAAGACGGGCUGUACACCUCCCUCACCACCCUGCCCUCCGAGGCCCUGCAGACGGAGGCUGUCAAGCUCUUCAAGUCGUGCCAACUCUUCAUCAACGUGCCCGUGGAAGCGGCCUCGGUGGACUACCACGUGUCCCUGGCCCAGACCGCGCUGCAGGUCUGCCUCGUUCACCCCGAGCUGCAGAGCGAGCUGUACUGCCAGCUCAUGAAGCAGACCAGCUGCCGUCCGCCGCAGAAGUGCUCCCUCAUGCAGGUGGGCAUCCCUGGGGCGGAACGGCCGACGUGGGAAAGGUGGAAGGACGUGACCGGACAGUGCUGGCAGCUCCUGGCUCUGUGUGCCCCACUUUUCCUGCCUCAGCACCACUUCCUCUGGUACGUCAAACAGCAGCUCCAGCGCCACGCAGAUCCCCGAAAUGAGACGGGCCAGUACGCCACGUACUGCCAGCGGGCAGUGGAGCGCACGCUGCAGACUGGGGAGCGGGAGGCCAGGCCGUCGCGCAUGGAGGUGGUGUCCAUCCUGCUGCGGAACCCCUUCCACCACUCCUUGCCCUUCAGCAUCCCCGUGCACUUCGCCAACGGGACUUACCAGGUGGUGGGUUUUGACGGCUCCUCCACAGUUGACGAGUUCCUCCAGCGGCUGAACCAGGAGACGGGCAUGAGGAAGUCCUCCCAUUCUGGCUUUGCCCUCUUCACGGACGACCCUUCGGGCAGGGACCUGGAACACUGCCUGCAGGGGAGCGUCAAGAUCUGCGAUGCCAUCUCCAAGUGGGAACAAGCCCUGAAGGAGCUGCACUCCGGAAAGUCUGAGGGUGGCACACGUGUCGUGAAGCUGAUGUACAAGAACAGGCUGUACUUUCGGAGUCAAGUCAAAGGGGAGACAGAGCGAGAGCGCCUGCUGCUUGCCUCCCAAACUAGCGGAGAGAUAGUGGCAGGGAGGUUUCCCGUCAACAAGGAGCUGGCUCUGGAGAUGGCAGCACUGAUGGCCCAGGUAGAGUAUGGGGACUUGGAGAAGCCCAUCCUGCCAGGACCUGGGGGCACACCCCCUGCCAAGGCUCUGCAUCACCUCCAGCAGGUCCUAGACAGGUUCUACCCAAGGCGCUACAGACACGGGGCCCCCCUGGAACAGCUGAGGCACCUGGCAGAUCAGCUGACCACAAAGUGGGCCGCACUGCAAGGCUGCUCCUCUCCUGAGUGCAUCCGCAUCUACCUGACAGUGGCCCGGAAAUGGCCCCUCUUUGGUGCUAAGCUCUUUGCUGCUCAGCCUGCACAGCUGUCUUCCAAGGAGAACACUCUGGUGUGGAUUGCCGUGAAUGAGGAUGGUGUCAGCAUCCUGGACCACAACACUAUGCAAGUGCACGUCACUUAUCCCUACUCUUCAGUGAUGACCUUUGGUGGCUGCCGGGAUGACUUCAUGCUUGUGAUUAGAUCCACUUCAGACCAGAGCUCUGGAAAAGGCCACAUUGAGAAGUUGAUCUUCCGGAUGGCUGCUCCCAAGAUUGCAGAGGUGACCUUCAUCAUGGCCAGCUACAUGAACCACUGCUUCACAACCGUGGACCCACCCCCCAACCCACCUGCUGCCUGCCAGCCAUGGGAACUGGAUGGACGACAGUUCUUUGCUUCUGUUCCAUGUGCUGCCAAGGGGCCAACGUUGCUGUGAAUAUUUCUCCUACCCCUUUCCCCACCACCACCUGGUGCCCUGGGAUUAGAGGGAUGUAUCCUCGGGUGCGAUACUACUGUGAU